AUGAAUGACCCGUCCAUGGUUCUGAUUCCUCCAGUACACGAACUCAUUAGUGGUGUGCUAUAUUUUUAUGUUCCAAACAGUUUGGACUUCUGGCUCGUGUUUGUUACUGAUGCAAAUAUUGUGAAAAUCGAUGGCAAACAUUACAAUUUAACGGCCGUCGACAAUAUACCGGACUUUUUCAAAGGUAUUCUACAAAUAUCAUCUGGAAUUCACAACAUCAGCCUGCCGAACCACGCCUUAAGAUUAACGGGAUAUAUACAUGGCCGGAAGAGAACACGUGCUAUGAGCUACCCCUUAACUCAACAUAAGCACGACUCAUGUGAUAAUGUAGCGACACAAUUUCCACAAGGAGGAUGUGAGCGCCAUGCCACCGCGGGGACGUCUACGGUAAACCUUCCAAUAGAAACCACCUCAUCAACUCUGGAAACGGUGACUCCUCCUCCAGGGACGUCAGUAUCUGUUGCCAGAACAACAACAUCCCAGGAAUUGACGUCAACAUAUAAAGAGGUAACAAGUGUGGAAAUGAUAACGUCAUCAGUCGGAAUGACUUCUCUAUCGAGAGCUUUUGAGAAGAUAACAACAAGUCCCCUUCGACAUUCGACAGUCUCAUCUAUCCAGACAUGUAGCUGUCUACAGCGCAACUGUUCCCUGAAUCCUAACGAGGGAGAAAUGAAACGAAUUAUCGAAGCACUUCGUACUGAACUUCUAAUUCAACGCGAGAAAACAAAUAGAUACAAGCGUUCUUUAACAUCCGCGUGGGAUGGCCGGACAUCGGCCAAGGUGUUGGGCUACGGGGCAAGCAUCAUCCUCGGGGCGGUUGGGAUCGGGAUUGUGAUACUGGACUUGAAUAAUCUCAUAAGGUACGAUAGUGUGUGUUUUGAAAAGCGUCGCUUUGCAAGUCAUACGGGGGAACAACAGAAUUCUGUGGAGAGUCAGUACUCUUAA